AUGAGGAAUAAAAUUGGUUUGUGCUACAUUGGAUACCUUUCAACUCGGGCAUCGUCAUCCUCAUCACCUUCGUCUUCGGCAGCGAAGAAGAGGCAUCCCAGCGGUACAAGACCUCCUCGUCCUCCUUUUUAUCGUUCCACGCAUCCGUAUAUUCCAUUAGGAACUAAACUGGACGAGUUUCCUAAUGCUGGUGAGACUGAUGGUUCUGGCCCACGACUUUACGAUUAUUGGAAAGUCGGUGAAAUGGUACGCCAGCUGCCAACAGUGUCAGAAAAAAUUGACUUUGUGAAUCCGUACGAAAGGCCAUGGACGAAAUUUGAGGAGAAAUGGGAUCAUCAUCCUCCUUUGAUACCGCCAAGAAAAGCUUGGAAUGUUUUCCCCAUCCCGAAAUAUUUUGAUUCCUUGGAUUUUUACAAAUAUAUAACCAAAACUAGAGUCAUUGAUGGAAUGGAUAUUUGCUAUAGAGAUUUAAACCCUCCUACAAAUUCCUUCGAAGUUAGUCGCAUUAAUCUAACUUUAGAUUUUACGAAAGAAAAAAAUACUUUUUUGCUGAGAAACGUUGUUGAUGCAGCAGUUAGUGUGAUGAGUCGCAAUGUACAUCAGCUCCACGACUGCAAUGUAAUCAUUUCUUAUUUCCCCCGUUGUGAAUCAUUUUGGAUCAGAUCAGGCUUUCGUUUUCUUUACGAUAGCGACAGAGAGCCGGAUAAAGUAGAAGAUAUAAGAAGAAAACGACGAUUUCCUGGUGAUGACAUUAGGCAACUUGGCGAAUUAGCAUUUGUAUUACGAGAUGAUUUGGUUGUCCAGGUGAGAGAUAAGCAGCCGCUAACCCCGGUUUUCCCUUUUUCCGAUGAAGAAGAGCUUUUUUAUGACGUCUUAUACGCUCCACAGAUUUUCAAUUUGCUGGUCGACGACCAACCUUUGUGGCAAUGCCCAGGAUACGAACCAGAUUGUGGCGACCCAAAUAAAUUUGGAAGAGUCGCUUUCAAGGACAUAACACCCAUUUGGAAUUUCUGUGAUUGGUGGAAAGUCGAUGGAGAAGAGAAGGAACAAGUAGUAAGAGACUGUUUGACUGCAACUUCGGUAGUCUCACUGUUUUCGUGGCUCAACGGCCAGGCUCAUGCUUUAGGACACACUCAGUACACCGACAUUGAACAGCCAUUGGUUUCACAAUUAGUUCUCUCCGACGGACAAAAUUUUUUCUUUGCACUUGCACAGCUGAAUACAAUUGCCAUAAACGUAGACGGAUUUAUAAACGACCGGUGCAACGUCUGUUACGUUGAAGGACCGUUCCGUUUGUACGACAUUUACCAGGAAAAAGAAGAAAAAUUUUUAUACUUUGAAGGCGGUAAGCAAAUUGAAGGCCUCAAUCCCCACAUACUUCAAAGAUUACUCCAAAUGUUUAUAAGAGAUUAA